CCAGGCUCUCCCACUCAACCUCUCCCUCACACACACACACGUGCUCGCAGUCACACACGCGCAGUGCUGUCAGGAGCGCCGCUGCUGGACCACAGCCAUCUCGCAAAAAGGAGGUUCCAGUGGAGGCAAAAGAGAACGCCAGAGUGAGACAAAGGGAAGGAGGACGGCAGAAGGAGAGGAGCGAAUAGGAGCGCGGGGACCGGCAAAAGGAAGGAGAGACCCGGCGCUUUGUGAAGAACAGAAAACGAGGGACAGGAGGAGGGAGGAGGAGAGAGGAAAAAAAGAGGAGGGGGAACAGGAAACGCGAUCACUUUCAGCUGCAGCGGUCCGUGUCGCAGCAUGGGCAAUGCACCAUCCCAAGCCAACGCCGGGGCCUGUUAUGCUAAGCAAGAUCCCGAGCGUGGUGGCAGUCACAUGAUCUCCACAGAUGACCUGGAGUAUCCGCGAGAGUACCGGACGUUGGGGAACAGCGCUCGCCGCUUCUCCAAUGUCGGCCUGGUGCACACGUCGGAGCACCGGCACACGGUCACGGCGGCCCAGAGCCUGGAGGCCCUCACCAACCUGCACAAGGUGGACAUGGAGCGCAAGAGGGACGCCUUCAUGGACCACCUGAAGAGCAAGUACCAGCAGCAGCAGCAACUGCAGCAUCCGCAUCACAGCCCACACCACACCCCACCCUCUCCCUCACCCUCCCACGCCAGCAUGAGGGGGACGUCAGAGCGGGCUGCACGAGAACAGCAACAGCAACAGCCCAACUACUGGAGCUUUAAGAGCCGCAGUCCAAGGCAUUCCCAGUCUACCCAGUCUGGGCUUGCCGACCAGGCCGCCAAGCUCUCCUUCGCCUCAGCUGAGUCCCUGGAGACCAUGUCAGAAGCUGACAUCCCCGUCGGGUUUAACAGGAUGAACCGUUUCCGCCAGAGCCUGCCGCUGUCCCGCUCUGCCAGUCAGAAUAAGCUACGAUCUCCAGAUGAAUUUGCAGGCGUGCUGUUCCUGCAGUACGGGGAUGAGACGCGUCGGGUACACAUCACCCACGAGCUGAGCAACCUGGACACGCUGCACGCCCUCAUCGUGCACAUGUUCCCUCAGAAGUUGACGGCAGGAAUGCUGAAGUCGUCCAACACGGCCAUCUUGAUCAAGGACGAGGCACGCAACGUCUUCUACGAGCUGGAGGACGUCCGAGACAUCCAGGACCGCAGCAUCAUCAAGAUUUACCGCAAAGAGCCCAUCUACGCUUCCUACCCGGCUGCACCUCACCUGGCUAACGGAGACCUGAGGAGGGAUAUGGUGUACUCCUCUCGCGACUCCUCCCCAACUCGCCGCCUCAACACCCUUCCAUCCUCUACGUCCUCCAGCUCUCCGUCCCGCUCACGGCUCUCUUACAGCGGUGGCCGUCCUCCAUCCUUCACGGGAUCCCAGCAUGAACAGCCCCGACACCCCCACCAUGCCCCGGCCGGUCACGGUCCAAACGCAGGCCUGUCUCCGUCGCCCAGCGCCAUCCUGGAGCGCCGCGAUGUCAAGCCUGAUGAGGAAGUCUCGGCAAAGAAUAUGGCUCUGAUGAAGAACGAGAGCCUGUAUGCAGAUCCCUACAGCCUGAUGCACGAGGGCCGCCUCAGCAUCGCCUCCACCCAGUCCCUCGCUGCCAUCGGAGACCCCUUUAGCUUCCCUGUAACCAGUGGCCUGUACCGCCGUGGCUCUGUGCGCUCCCUAAGCACCUACUCAGCUGCUGCUGACCUGGAGGACUCCCUCUACAAGCCUGGAGGCUCACUCUACUCCGACACCUACUCCUCAGCCACACUGGGCAUGGGAUUUCGAAUGCCGCCAUCAUCCCCGCAGAAAAUCCCUGACAUGCAGAUGAGGGAGAGGGACUCGUAUUCCAACACGCCCAGCAGAGCCUCACCUGUCAGGCAGAGCUUCCGCAAGGACUCUGCCUCUUCCUCUGUGUUUAUAGAGAGCCCCAAGUCCAGGCCCAGCUCUGGUUCAGAGCCUCUGUGUCUGACAGCCGGGCCCGGGGAGGGCGGCAAGGCCACGCCUGGAUUUGGUUCCCUGUCUGGACAGGACCUUGAAACCAGCAGGGAUCAGCGUCUGGAGCGCAUGGAGGCGAUGGAGAAACAGAUAGCCAGCCUCACUGGCCUGGUCCAGAGCGUGCUGACCAGAGCGCCAGACAGUGACAGCACGUGCGGCCUGCUGCGUCUCUGCAUGAUGGCGGGCUGCCCUCCAGACCAAGGGACGGAGUUCUCACGGCCCUUACCUUUUUCUUCCAGCGAGAAGACCGAAACCAACAGCGACGGCUCCGCCACCGAACCUGGACGGCUGAAGAAGAAAGCUCAUACACCGUCGGCCCCUCUAGCUCUGAUGCCGCCACCACCUUCUCUCUUAACCCCGGUUAACGGCGCCGGCCGCUUGAAGAUGAAGCUCCACCUGAACGGCCUGCAGCAAAAUGCCACCGACCUGCGCAAACAGCUCAGCCAGCUACGCAAGAUGCAGAUGGAGAACCAGGAUUCAGUGCGAGUUCUGUUGAAGCGGGCCGAAGCGGAGCUGAACGUGCGCGUGGCGGACGCCCUGAGGAAGCAGGAGGACCCUCUGCAGAGACAGCGCCUCCUGGUGGAGGAGGAGAGACUCAAGUACCUCAACGAGGAGGAGCUCAUCAUCCAGCAGCUCCAUGACCUAGAGAAGUCAGUGGAGGAGAUCCAGAAGGAGUCGUCUGUCAACCACAAGCUGGUGACAGUGCAGGAGCUGGAGGAGAAGGCCACUCAUCUAAGAAAGCUGGGAGAAACACUCACAGAACUGAAAAAUCAGUUCCCGGGGCUGCAGAGUAAGAUGCGGGUGGUGCUCAGAGUGGAGGUGGAGGCCGUCAAAUUCUUGAAAGAAGAGCCGCACAGACUCGAUGCUCUGUUAAAACGCUGCAAGAGUAUAACUGAUACCCUCGCCACCAUGCGCAAACAAGCGAAUGAGGGUGUGUGGAAGAAGCAGGAGGACUUCUCUAGUCCUUCAUCAAAGCACAAAGACGACAUGCGAAAGUUUUCAGACUUUGACAUCCACACCAGCCAACCACUUACCAUCAAUGACCUUGGGGGAAGCAACAGCCUGUCAAACUGGAGCCCCCACUCCAGCCUCAGCCGGGGCCACGCCAACAUGUCUGGCCCUCACAAGGACAAUCAUCCUCCUGUUCCUCACAAAGGCAAAGCCCUGGAGGAAAUGGAACGCCGUGCUUUAGCUGACAAAGCUUUGUCCGUGGAGGUCCGGCUGGCAGCAGAGCGAGACUGGGAGGAGAAGCGGGCCACUCUGACCCAGUACAGCGCACAGGACAUUAACCGGUUGCUGGAGGAGACCCAGGCCGAGUUAAUGAAAUCUAUUCCAGACCUGGACUUUGCUGCCAAGCAGAUCAAGUCCUCCUCCAACACACCCACCUCCCAGAACCCCCAAAGCGGGGCAGGAACCCUAGAGCACCGCGUCGGCAAGCCCCAGCACAAACUCUCUGGGGGAGGAUCCAGGCGUGGCUCUGAUGAGCUGACUGUUCCACGAUAUCGCACAGAGAAACCCUCCAAGUCCCCCCCUCCUCCACCACCCAGACGUAGUUUCCCGUCUUCUCCGAGCAUAACCAGCCGCAGUGGAGAGCAGCUUAUUCCUGGGAAAAGUAUAAAGAAGUCUGAAUCUGAAGAGACUGAAGGCCAGAAGCCUCAUGUAAAACUGAGGAGGGCGGUAUCCGAAAACCCUCGUCCUGCAUCCACCCCCCCAACACUCACCUCUGGGGACAAGGGGGACGGAGAGGAGGAGAAAACUGCUGCCGAAUUGGAGGGAGAGAAUAAGGUCGUCCAAUCCUCCGCUGCCUCCAAACUGAAACACCUGCAGCAGAACAGUACAGACAAGACUAAAAGUGGCAGAAGAGAGGACUUUGUGAAGGGCCAGCAGCAGCAGCAGCAGGUAUUAUAUCUUUACACUUGA